AUGCGGCUACUCUAUGAUCUCACAAAGCAGAUGGAUGCAAAGACAGGCUCCCCAUUAGAGCUCUGGAUCAAAAAGAACGACUGGAGGACCAAAGAAAAGUUUCAAUACUUGAAAGAAGAAAAUUGCUUUACUGGCCCUGUUCCUUUUAUGCAAGAGAGUGAGAACACUAAGUUUAAAGUUACCAUAGAUCCUGGGCAGCAGUUCAACAUAGUGGACAAACUUUCACAGUUAGAAAACAUUGCUGCCUACCCUUUUGCCAAAGAGAGGCUGAGCCAAAAAGAUUUGCUGCUACAUGCGUUCUGGAAUGACAUUCACUCCGGCAACGUGUUUCUGCUCAGUAGAGAGCGACAGCGUUUUGUUGAGGUGAACGAGCGAAGCUACUUCGGUCUCAUGCAAGAAGUCAAAAACCGAGCUAAGUUGUAA